AUGGCGAAGGGAAAGAGAUUCGACAAGAAGAAUGCGCAGCAUUUCACUCUCGUCCACCGACCGCAAAAUGACCCGCUCAUCCACGACGAAAAUGCGCCUUCCAUGGUGCUCAACCCCGUGCCUCAGAAGGGAGGAUCCUCAAAAGGAAAACACCUGAGCGAUCUUGCAUCAGAGCUUGGCUCAGAUGCCAUGAGCAUACGGGAGAACGAAGGAGAGGCAGCAGAGUACGGCGUUUACUACGACGAUACCCAGUACGAUUACAUGCAGCAUCUCCGCGACCUGAACUCUGGAGGCGGCGAGGCUGUGUGGGUUGAGGCUCCUACGGCUACGACUAAGGACAAGGGCAAGGGCAAGCAGGCGUCGCUCGAAGACGCUUUGCGCCAAAUGGACUUGGAACAUAAGAGCGAGGCUUUGCUGGAUGAAUCGGUCCUUCCCAACAAGAACCUGCAGCGAGCAACCUACCAAAACCAGCAAGAUAUCCCAGACGCCAUUGCUGGCUUCCAGCCCGACAUGGAUCCCCGAUUGCGUGAGGUUCUGGAGGCGUUGGAGGACGAAGCAUACGUGGACGAGGACGACGAUAUUUUCCAAGAGCUCUCCAAGGAUGCGCAUGAGAUCGACCAAUACGAAUUUGAAGAUCAGUUCAACUAUGACGACGAGGACGAGGGUUGGGAGUCGGAUGGCACCGCAAAGCCAAGCAAGGAGUACAAGGACGGAAUGGUGCCGCAGCUGAUUCCUGUUGAAGGUGAGGCGUUGCCAGAGCACCAGAACGAGGACUGGUUGGAAGACUUCAAACAAUUCAAAAAGGAUCAGAAGGGUGGGAAGGCCCCGGAAAAGGCUCCCCCGUCUGAGCUGCAGUCAUCCAUCUGGACCACGACAACAAUGGGUGGUCGGAAAAAGAAAAGAAAGGGAGCUCUUACCAACCCCUCCGCUUACUCUAUGACCUCGUCAUCGAUGGUCAGGACAGAGCAGCUCACUCUCUUGGAUGCCAGGUUCGACAAGAUUGAGGAGGAGUACACAAGCGAAAUGGGCGAUGACAUGGCCUCCGUCUCAGAGGUCUCAACGGCGACCAGUGUGACAGGGCCUACACGAGGCGACUUUGAUAGCAUCAUGGAUGACUUUUUGGGAAGCUACACGAAACCCGGAAAGCGCACAAACAAGAAGACCAGGCCUCAGACGGGUCUCGAGCAGCUUGACGAAAUCAGGAAGGGACUGGGUCCGGCUCGCCUGCGGCCCAAGGAUUACAGGGUCUAG